CCCAACUAACUCCGCCCCCCUGUUGUUUGUGUAUAGGGAGUGCGGCGCCGCAGUCAGGAUAAGCCGCAUUGUCGUCUGUCGCACUGUGUGUCCGGAGGUGACCGAGACCGAAACCGCAGGGAGAUAGGUCCAUGAUGAUUCCUGCGACUCUGCUCCUGGGCCUUGUGGCCCUGUCCUCGGCGAUGCCCAUCGAGGAUUCGGAAGAUGGCGUCAAACACUGGGUGGUCCUGGUGGCCGGCUCCAAUGGAUGGUACAACUACAGGCAUCAGGCGGACUUGUGCCAUGCUUACCAAAUAGUCAAGAAAAAUGGUAUCCCCGAUGAGCAGAUCGUUGUGAUGAUGUUCGAUGACAUUGCCAACAAUGAGGAAAACCCGACCAAAGGCAUCAUCAUCAACAGACCCAACGGGACGGACGUGUACGCCGGGGUGCUGAAGGACUAUACCGGGGAGGAUGUGACCCCUGCAAACUUCCUCGCUGUCCUGAAAGGUGACUCCGGGGCCGUCAAGGGGAAAGGAUCCGGGAAAGUUAUUAAGAGCGGACCAAACGACCACGUCUUUGUCUACUUCACUGACCACGGAGCGCCCGGACUGCUGGCCUUCCCCAAUGAUGAUCUGCACGUUCAAGAUCUCAACGCAACUAUUCAGUACAUGUAUGAAAACAAGAAGUACAAAAAGAUGGUUCUGUAUAUUGAGGCUUGUGAGUCCGGCUCCAUGAUGAACCAUCUCCCCAACAACAUUGAUGUCUAUGCGACCACGGCGGCCAAUCCUCACGAGUCGUCGUACGCCUGCUACUAUGACGAAAAGAGAGACACUUACCUGGGAGAUCUGUACAGUGUCAGCUGGAUGGAGGACUCCGAUGAGGAGGAUCUGACGAAGGAGACUUUACACCAACAGUUUGCCCUGGUGAAAAAACACACAAACACCAGUCAUGUGAUGCAGUACGGCAACCGGACCAUUUCCCAUAUGAAGGUGAAGCAGUUCCAAGGCAGUGGGAAAACAGUGGCCCCUCGUCUGAGCUUAUCGCCUGUAAAACGGAUGGACCUGACCCCCAGCCCUGAUGUUCCUAUGUCCAUCCUGAAAAGAAAAUUCAUGGCCACCAAUGACCUCACAGCCGCCCGCGAUAUUAUGGCGAGAAUCAAGUCUCUUCAAGAGGCUAAAUUCCUGAUAAAGGAAUCUGUGAGGAAGAUUGUUCUCCAAGUCACAGAAUCGCGUGAGAUGAUGGAGGAAAUACUCGGCGACCAAGUGAUCAUUAACGACAUGUCGUGUUACCGCUCGGCGGCUGAACACUUCAAGACGCGCUGCUUCAAUUGGCACAUGCCACUGUAUGAAUAUGCCAUGAGGCAGCUGUACACGCUGGUGAAUUUAUGUGAGUCCGGGUACCCCCUGAACAGGAUCCUGCAGUCAAUGGAUAACGUGUGCGACAAUCUGCAUUGACGUAGCAGGUAAUGCACAGAAGCCGGACAGACCGGGAUGAUCGGCGCCCUCUGCGUUUCCUCCACUUGCAGCUGCUACUCCACACUCUCAGCUCUGCUGUACACGACCUGUGACAAGGGCUGCACUCAGUCACCCUAUAACCCAGGACUCUGAAGUUAGUGAUAUAUUUGGUAAACCAAAGCGAGGAUGGGACACAACCCAACAAGACAAACUAAAGGUGACUGCAAUGUCCUGACACGGCGCCACCUGGUGGCCUUCAGAGGCGACUGCAGAAAUCGCUCUGUGAUUCUCCAUCACUGUGAUCAUUGCUGAUUUUAAAUUAGAUUCUUCCUUUUCUUAUAAUCUGACAUAGAAGACUAUUUUAUCUAUUUUGUUUUCUUUAAAACAAAGAUGUUAAUAUGUAGAUUUUUAGUAUUCUUUUUUUAUUAACUAUGGAUAAGCUGCUCAAAAUUAAAGUUUGUUUUCCCCUUACUCCGGAGGGGAAAACUUUUUUUUUAUUUUUUCCCCAAAUCAGCUGGUGCCAGAAAGUUCUACAGAUUUGUAAAUUACUUUUUCCCAAAUUUUUUUUUCAAUCCUUCCAGUACUUAUCAGCUGCCGUAUGCUCCACAGGAAGUUGUGUAGUUCUUUCCAGUCUGACCACAGUGCUCUCUGCUGCCACCUCUGUCCGUGUCAGGAACUGUCCAGAGUAGAAGCAAAUCUCUAUAGUAAACCUAUCCUGCUCUGGACAGUUCUUGACAAGGACAGAGGUGUCAGCAGAGAGCA